AUGGACAGAAUACGGCUUAAUAUCCAGACUACCAACAGGCAAGCUCAACCUCAGACCACCAGCAACAACCUUCAACAGCAUACCAAUUUCAUCAUCAACAACUUCAACAGCAACAACAACCAUCAUGUUCAAUAUACUGCUGCUAGAAACAACAUCAAAUCCGUCAACAAUAGUUUUUAUUUAUCCUAUUUCAAAAGACUUGGUAUUCAUGAUGGUUCAAUUCAAUUGAUUGGUUCAUCUAUUGGAGAUUAUACAAAACUUCUCAUCCCGUUGAUGCAAAACCUUUCAAAGUCAUCACAACCAUUUCUCAAUUUUGAUCUGAUUGAACAAUUUCCUAAUCAAGAUAACUGUUGGAUGCCAAAAUCAAACUGUUGUUAUGUUUCACAUGAAUUUUUGAUGAAUGUACUAUUGUUGAGUAAUGUGGUGGAAAAAGAUCAAAGACAAAAGAUCUGUCACCCCAUGAAGAGUGACCGUCCAGACCACACAUAUUACUGGGAGCUCACACCAUCACAAGCUAAAACCAGGUAG